GGCUUGGAACGCUCUUGCUGUCACCGGGUAUCUGUGUGCCUCUUCCCCACCCGAUACCGGAACCAGAACCGGCUGAGGUGUAACCGGUAACGGCGCGGCCUUGUGCGGGUGAGAGUGGUAUCUCUUCCCCAGACUCCGAGCUCUAACUCCAGGAUGAGUGUAGAGGCCACAGGAAAGCCCUUGAAAGUGGGCUCUCGCGUGGAGGUGAUCGGGAAGGGACACAGAGGGACAGUUGCUUAUGUCGGGGCCACAUUGUUCGCCUCGGGAAAAUGGGUGGGAGUCAUCUUGGACGACCCCAAGGGAAAGAACGACGGCACAGUGCAGGGCAGAAAAUAUUUCACCUGCGAGGAAAACCACGGUAUAUUUGUUCGGCAGUCACAGAUUCAGGUUGUGGAUGAUGGCGCAGAUACCACUUCCCCCGAAACACCAGAACCAGCCUCUUCCAAAGUUCUCAAGAGAGAGGUAGCCGAGACCCCCAAAAGCAGCAAACUGAUCACCACCCGACGCACCAAGCCAACUCGGCCUUCCAGCUCAGCUGCCUCCAGUGGAACAGCCGGAGCCUCUGGCUCUGCUUCAGCAUCAUGUGGAGAGAUCAGCAGCAGCGAGCCCAGCACUCCAGCCCAGACCCCACUGGCUGCCCCCAUAAUCCCAUCUCCAUCCUCUGCUCUCACCUCUCCUGUGGCCCCUCUACCAGCUCCAGGGCCCAGCAAGGAAGAGGAGAACCUGCGGGCUCAGGUCAAAGACUUGGAUGAAAAACUGGAGACGCUGAAGAUGAAACGAGCGGAGGAUAAAGUGAAGCUUAAGGAGCUGGAGAAGUCGAAGCUACAGCUGGAACAGCUCCAGGAAUGGAAGAGCAAGAUUCAGGAGCAGCAAGCUGAUCUUCAGCGCCAGCUCAAGGAGGCCAAGAAGGAAGCAAAAGAGGCUCAAGAAGCGCAAGAACGUUACAUGGAGGAGAUGGCAGACACAGCAGAUGCCAUUGAGAUGGCCACACUUGACAAAGAGAUGGCAGAAGAGCGAGCAGAGUCCUUGCAACAAGAGGUGGACACCAUGAAAGAGAAAGUGGAGGAGCUCACCAUGGACCUGGAGAUCCUCAAGCAUGAGAUAGAGGAAAAAGGGUCAGAUGGAGCCGCGUCCAGCUACCAAGUUAAGCAGCUGGAGGAACAAAAUGCCCGUCUCAAAGAGGCUCUGGUCAGAAUGCGAGAUCUCUCUGCCUCGGAGAAGCAAGAACACAUCAAGGUGCAGAAGCAUAUGGAAAAGAAGAAUGCCGAGUUGGAUACACUGCGACAGCAGAAGGAGAAGUUGCAGGAAGAAGCGGCACUGAUGGAGAAAACCAUUGAUGAACUGAAGGAGCAGGUUGAUGCAGCUUUGGGAGCUGAAGAGAUGGUGGAGACCCUGGCAGAGAGAAACCUGGACCUAGAAGAGAAAGUCCGUGAGCUGCGUGAGACCGCAAGUGAUCUGGAAGCCAUCAAUGAGAUGAACGAUGAACUACAGGAGAAUGCCCGUGAGACUGAGCUGGAACUACGCGAGCAGCUGGAUAUGGCAAAUGCCCGAGUGCGUGAGGCAGAGAAACGCGUGGAAGCUGCACAGGAAACUGUAGCGGAUUAUCAGCAGACCAUCAAGAAGUACAGAGAUCUCACAGCUCAUCUGCAGGAAGUGAAUCGUGAGCUCAUGAACCAGCAAGAAGCCUCUGUGGAGAAGGAACAGCAGCCGUCACCGGAGAUGUUUGACUUCAAGAUAAAGUUUGCAGAGACCAAGGCCCAUGCGAAGGCUAUUGAGAUGGAGCUGCGCAAGAUGGAGGUAAAUCAGGCCAAUCGUCACGUGUCCUUGCUGACGUCCUUCAUGCCAGACAGUUUUCUGCGUCAUGGGGGAGACCAUGACUCUAUCCUGGUGCUGCUGCUUAUUCCCAGACUUAUAUGUAAGGCCGAGCUGAUCAGCAGGCAGGCGCAGGAGAAAUUUGAGCUGAGCGAAGCCAACGAGGAGAAGGCUGGGAUGCGAGGGGCAGUUGGAGAGCAAAUGAGCUUUGCAGCUGGGCUGGUGUAUUCUCUGAGCCUUCUGCAAGCUACUCUACACAAAUAUGAGCAGGCGCUGAAUAAGUGCAGCGUUGAGGUAUAUAAAAAGGUUGGGAUGUUAUACCAAGAGAUGAGUGUGCACGAGCGUUCUCUGGACUUCCUCAUAGAACUUCUGCACAAAGACCAGCUGGAUGAGACUGUAAAUGUGGAACCCCUGACCAAAGCCAUCAAAUAUUACCAGCACUUGUACAGUAUACACCUGGCUGACCAGACCGAAGAUUGUACCAUGCAGCUGUUUGACCACAUCAAAUUUACACAGAGUGCACUGGACUGCAUGGGUGUAGAAGUGAGCAGACUGCGCGCCUUCUUGCAUCCUGGGCAGGAGUCCUCGGAUCUGGCUAUUCUUCUGAAGGAUCUAGAGACCUCAUGCAGUGACAUCCGGCAGUUCUGUAAGAAGAUCAGACGGCGAAUGCCUGGCACAGAAGCAGCUGGGAUACCAGCGGCUCUCAGCUUUGAUCAGCAGGUCUCGGAAACUCUAUUGGAGUGUCGUAAACAUCUCAAGUGGGUUGUGGCUGUGUUUCAAGAAGUUGCGGCCGCUGGGGCACAGAUGAUUGCACUUCUUGGAGAGAAUGAAGGUCUGCAGGCAUUAAAACUAGAAGAUGUGGCAUUCAAAGCCACUGAGCAGAUUUAUAGCUCACAGGGCAUCAAUCCUUACGAGUGUCUGCGGCAAUCCUGCAAUAUUCUCAUUGCAACAAUGAACAAGAUGGCGACCGCUAUGCAGGAAGGAGAGUAUGAUUCUGAAAAGCCUCAGAGUAAGACACCACCACCUGUGGAGCAACGAGCAGCCGCUGUUCGGGCUGAGAUUACUGAUGCAGAGGGAGUUGGUCUGAAGCUGGAAGAUAGGGAGACCGUCAUCAAGGAGCUUAAGAAGUCCCUGAAAAUCAAGGGUGAAGAGUUGAGUGAGGCCAAUGUGCGACUGAGCCUCCUGGAGAAGAAGCUAGACAGCGCCUCAAAGGAAGCAGAUGAUCGGGUCGAGAAGAUCCAGACUAAACUUGAGGAGACCCAGGCUCUGCUGAAGAAGAAAGAGAAGGAAUUUGAGGAGACCAUGGAUGCCCUUCAAGCAGAUAUUGACCAGCUGGAGUCUGAGAAAGCCGAGCUCCGACAAAGGCUUAACAACCAGUCUAAGCGCACCAUUGAAGGUUUGCGUGGUUCUCCAGCAUCAGGAGUUGCAUCCAUUGUCUCUGGCAUUGCAGGAGGGGUGUCUUCCGGACAGACUAUGCUGAAUGGAUCUGGUCCAGUGCAGGUGAAGGAUUCUCCACUGUUGCUUCAGCAAAUCGAUGCUCUGAGGUUCUCUAUGAAACACCUUAAACAUGAGAACAACCGACUGAAGGCCAAUCACAUUAAGGAAGAGCUGUCGGCCUUACCAAGACUACAUGUCCCAAAACUGACACUACCCAAAGACCGCCAGCGUGAAGAGGUUAUGUCUGGAACGCUGUACCGUAAGACCAGCCAGCUGUUGGACGCUCUGCAGCAGAUGAGCGCCAAUGCAAAGGUUGUGGAUAUCACACACAAGAAAGCAGGUAAUCCAGCAUCACAGCUGUUAGAGCAGACAGCCCGACUAAAGAAUCUGAGUGACACUAUUGACAAGCUGAAGGAUGAAGUCACAAAGGAGACAGUCUUACAGUGUCCUGGAGCAAACGUGCCCACAGACUUUGCCACCUUCCCAUCACCUGACUUCAUUAAGGCCAAAGAAGAGAAGAGAGAGGACACCGUUUACAUCGGUAAAGUCAGCCUGCCUUGUAAACCAGGCCAGGGAGAAAUCCAUCGCCUCGUGCUGACCCCAGAACAACUGUAUGAGCUGCACGAGCGAUUGAUCUGCUAGAACAUACUGCGUGACUGCUCGAGCACGGGAGGGCACCGCCGCACACCCCAGCAAUACGGAGCAUACUGGUCAUAGGAAGGACCGUGUCAGCUGAGUACAUCUCUCCGUCUGCGUGUGCUGGCUGCUUCUCGCUUUUAAUAUUUAUUAGCUGUACUUUUCUUUAAUCCCUAAUGCCAUUGUUAUGCCUACAACUUGUCAUAUGAGGGCCUUGAACAAUACUUAGUGUGUAACCUCUGGCACAGGACGCAGCAGGUUUGCAGCACUUAAUAUGGGCACUGUGCUGUGUAUACGGUCAGCCUGCAUGGGCUCAUUCUCACUACAGAUAUAUAGUGCUGCCAACGACGACGGUGCCUUGCUUGGUUUCCCAUCUGACUUCAGUAGCCAGUAGGAGACUUCUCUUCUGCUUUUCCGUUUUUUUUCUUCUCAAACAUCUGUAAAAUGAUGUAAACCAUUCUCUUCGGUGCUUGUGUUGGAAGUCUGUCUGUUGUGUCCUGCAACAGGGUCAUAACUGUUUUCUGCACAUUUCAAAUUCCAAUAAAAUGACCUUUGUUUGA